GGUGAGGGGGCGUGGCGGCGAGGUGGAGGGGGCGCGUGGCACAGUGCCGCCUGGAGUCAGUCUGGUCCUGGUGUGCCGACCACGCGGGUGUCUCCUGGAGUGUUGAUCAGGCAGUCCCCGUCCUUGGCAGCCUCUCGCGUCGUCGGCACUCACACACGCACACUUGCACACACGCACACAGCCAGACACACCCUCCUUCUCCUCACACACACACGCACACACACACACACACACAGGAUGGGUCGCCACAGGAUUCAGCGAUGCAACACAGCCGAACUGAGGGACCUGGUUGACCCUAUUGGCUCGAGAUGGUACCGGCCUAUCAACUCCUUCGAUGAGGUGUUCCCGGGGGUUCUGCUGGGCGACGCAGACACGGCGCUGUCAACGCAGGAGAUCAAGGACAACAACAUCACGCACAUCCUGAACGCCGCGCAGGGCACCAAUAACCACGCCUACAGUGGCUACGUGGGCACCAACCCCUCCUACUAUGCCAAGCUGCGUAACAUCAAGUUCAUGGGCAUCCCCGCCAUGGACAUGCCCAGCUUCUACAUCCGCCCCUACCUGCGUCAGGCGGCGGACUUCAUCGACAAGGCGCUCAAGGAAGGAGGCCGCGUGUUGGUGCACUGCGUGUGUGGCAUCUCCAGGUCCGCGGCUCUUGUGGUGGCCUUCCUCAUGCUGAAGCGAGGCAUGAACGUGCUGACUGCUGUGUCCACCAUCAAGAAGAAGCGCAACAUCUACCCUAACCAGGGCUUCAUGAGCCAGCUGUGUGACCUGGACUACGAGCUGCGCAAGACGGGCGAGCUGCCCGCCGACAGCGUGGAGCUUGGCCCCGGCCCCCUCACCAUGGAGCGCGAGGAGUCCCCGAUCCGCAACAUGUCCGCCUACCCGCGCUUCACGCUGGUGCCCGCCAAGGCCAUGGACACCUACACCAGCACCAAGAACUUCGUGACUCCGCGCCGCGCCCGCUCCUGCGAGAGGUACGACGUGUCCCCGCGCAAGACUGUGGCGGACCACCACCCGCUGGUGGAGGUGCCGCCGCGCCGCGAGACCCGCAGCCCCUCGCCCUCACGCCAGCUGGUUGUCGUCAAGCCCAACCUGUACGACCUCAAUGACAACGGCGUGGGCGGCAAGGUGUUCGACACGUACGCCCGCUACGCCCGCACCUUCUCCAGGCCUCCGUCCACCGUGAGCAAGGCGCCCUUCGACCCCUACCUCAGCCUGCUGCGCCAGCCACGCUCCUACACCUACGACAACUACGACCCGCUGGACAUUGACCUGGACACCUACAGGUACAUGAAGGCCAAGAGUUCCUUCCUGCCGGAGACCAUCGUCACCGCCACGCCCGUCUACCGCUCCUACAGGAUCGUGCCGGAGCGCGCCGACGUGUACGGCAGCUCCUCCUACAUCCCCGCCUACCCCUACACGCAGCGCUACCUGCCCUCCCCCGCCACCCACCCCGCCGCCUACCGCGCCCUCACCGCCACGCCCAUCUCCCGCACCAUCUGGAUCUAGGCUCGCCACGCGCCCACACCACCCGCGCCUCCUCCCCUCUCCGCCCCUUACCACACUUCCAGCAGGCGAGGUGACCCAGCGCCGUACCUGUGUCACCCUCGGGGAAUGGGGGGAAAGAAGGCCGCCACGCGCUUCCCGAUAAUAGAUCCUCCUCCUCCUCCUCCUCCUCCUCUUCCUAUCAAAGCAGUGCAGGUGUGAGGCGCAGAACCGACGAGCUGUGGAUGCAGGAGCAACACUGAGAGGGAGAAGGAGGAGGGACACGAGGCCACACAGGACGGGGAGGGACACCAACACGCAGGAGGAGGAGGAGGAGGAGGAGGAGGAUGAUGUGGAGGAAGAGAAGGAACAGGAGAAGGAAGAGGAGGAGCAACACUCAUCCUUACACCACCAUCAGAUCUUCCAAAUCAGAAUUACGUCAACACAAACAGUAAUGAGGCAACGAUGGGAGGAGGGAGGGAGGGAGGGAGGAGAGGGCGUAAGGAAGGGGAGGAGGAGGAUACAGUUAGAACGGAAGAGGGAAGGAAGGGGAGGAAGGGAACACAGUACUUAAGGGCUUCCCACAACCCCCCAUCACCACUUGUCCCCUCCUCUCCUCCCCCUCACUCCCCAACAAACGAGGGGAGUGAUUUUUGGGGAGCAAGCCACGAAUGGGGAGGAAAUGUGAGAGGGUGAAGAGGAGGAAUGACUCUCUCUUCCCUCCCUUCCCUCAAUCUUCCUCUCUCCUUCUCCCUCCCCUUCCCACAACCCCCUCUCCCCCACCCCUCUCCUCCCCUCCCCAAUCAGUGAAGUACUAAUGCUUUUAAUAAAAAUAAUAAAUCGACUAUUUGUA